AUGCCCGGCGACAAUGGUACGCAUGGCCAAACAGCCUUUCAUUUCCAUUUUCACCCAUUUUUGGCUGUCGUUGUCGCUGGUCCCGCAGGACUCCAAAAAUACAAUCGGCAAAAUGUGUUGGGCUUCUUUCGCGUGCCGGUGCCAUAUGGCAAAACAUGGCCAUGCGACCGGGCCUCCGGCGACCCGCGCUGUCCGUCCGAACUCUGCCAGUGCUCGCCCGCCAAGGCCAACCCGCCGGUUAUUGCGCUGGAGAACGAAGAUGCGGUUGCCGUCGUGGUCGGCCGGCCAUUGAGAGCGGGCCUAGCCAAGACCUCAUUCACAUCCAUAUUCGGCAGGCGGGAUAACUUCUGA